UACUAGAAGAUUGUGUGAACCUGUCUCCUUAACGAUUCUGCUGUUCCAAGACCUCUCUUGGGGUGAUAUUUUAUGGUUGCCUGGAGGUGAACAUGGGAGAGUUACAUUGAUUCACUGCUUUCUCUAAAUCAAUUCUUGACCAUACCCUAAUAAAAAAUUUUAUUAGAUCAUUUGGUGAUAGUUAUAAAGAACAUGUAUUCCCUCCACAGGAAUUGACAGCUCUACUCACUAGGUAUUUAUCAUUUAUUUUUCUGCAUUCUAAAGUUUUAGUAAUAUCUUUUGUUUAAAUUUCCUUCAGUAUUUUUCCUACUUUGUUGUUCCAGGGAGCCAUCCCAUAUGAAAAUAGUUUCUUAAAAGGAAAAAAAAAAGAAAAAAAUCAGCAACACUGGACAAUAUAUUGGGGGAAGUGACAUUAUAUGCCUGCUGCUCAACUAAUUGGCCUCUCCUCCAGCCUUUGCAAAAGAAUGGGGGAAUGGGUGUAUUCUUAUACCUCUUCUUUGGUAUCAAACUUAUUCUUUUUAAUUUUGCAACACUCAUUUUUUAUUGUUUUGUGGGAGUUGGAAACAUUUACAUUAUAGUUAUUGUGUAUAUGGUUUUCUUGGCUACACUUAACUUUGUAUCAGUUCAGGUAAGCCUUUGCUGCUUUUCUGUAUUCUUAUUUAUCAUUUCCUACAUUAAAAAAAUCAUUUUAUAGUUUAUCAUUUUCUUAUAUAUUUUUUUCCUUUUUAGCUGGCAUUUACAUGACUUGAAGACAAAAAAUGAGGAUCUAUAUUAUGACCCCUAUCAUUAAGUAAUGCUUAAAUGCAAAAGAAGAGCUACAAGAAACAAUCAUAAGUAAUUAUUUCUUUACUCAGGCAUCAAUGACUACCUCGUUCAAUCCAAGUCGACCUUCUUCAUCAGAGUUGGUGGAACUUCAUGUUUUUUAUGUCCCUGAAGGAUCAUGGAACUAUAAGCUAAAUACCAUUUCAAUAGAAGUAGUCAGUAAAUUUAUUUCAGCUGGCUUUAUAAGGGUGUCACCUCAACUUACUUUACAAGCCUUGAGGGAGCAGCUGGGUGAAUUCCUGGGCGAGGAAGCUGUGGCAGAAAAAUUUUUAUUUUUGAAAUGCAUAGGAAACAAUUUAGCUGUGGUGAAGACAAAGCAAGAAAAGGAACUGAAACUUAAGUCAUUUGCUCCACCAUAUGCUCUUCAACCAGAAUUAUAUUUGCUUCCCAUAGUGGACCACUUAGGAAAUAUUUAUUCAUCAUCAUCAUCAUCAUCUGUUAUGGGAGAUGCGCAACAGAAUAAUUCUAAUAUUUCUGAGGAUGAUAAAGUUGUCCAGCAACUAGAUAGUUGCCAAACUCCUUCAAACCAGAAACUUGAAAAAGAACCAAGCGUAAUAGAAAGUACUACUAAAGCUCCUUCACUCAAGAAUGAGGAAGAAGAAUCAAAGAAUCUUGGAGAUGGGUGGCAAGGUAAAAAGAGUAAGGAAGAAGAACCUGUUGAGUCGCAAGUGUGUGAUGAUUUAAGUGUUGCAAAUACGGAAACAGGAAACAAUACAGCCAUUUCAAAAGUCCGUAUUAAAGUGUCUCCCAAUGAAAUUUGGGAAGAUUGUAAUAAUGUUUUGCCUUGGAAUAAUGUCAAGGAGCAGACUCAAAGAAACGGUGCUAACAUUUUGCUCAAAAGAAGAGUCAGCCUAAAAGACAACAAGAUUAAAAAAUACCCAGCCAGAAAGUAUGGAUUUCUAGAAGCAUUAGAUGAUAAACGUAUUUUACAUGCACAAAACAAAAAAAGCCAAUUCCUGUGGGAAAAUGGAGACAAGAUAACUGAUGCCAGCAAAAAAAAGGAAGAUCCGUCAGGUGACGAAGAUUAUGACAAGCCGCCAGGUCCUUCUGCUCCUCCUUCACUACCUCUCCUGGCUUUUGCUCCAGGAAUACUUGAAUCCUCUGUGUUACAAAAUGAGAGAUGCAAGAUUAUGCAACAAAUGAAGCAAGUAAAGGAAGAAAGAUGUCAUUUGGAAGAGACGAGAGAAGAACUUAUGAAAAAAGUUAAAACUUUAUUUGAACAAAGCAAACUGAAAAGAUAUCGUGCUCAGGAAGCUUGGAAGAAAAAAUAUUUUGAAACCAAGAAAAUCACAACUUCAUUGGAGGAAGUAUUAACUAAACUUCAAGAAGAUUUAGAACUAUAUUAUAAAAAAUUGCUCAUGCAGCUAGAAGCUAGGGAGAUCAAGAUGCGGCCAAAGAAUUUGGCAAAUGUAGAAGACUCAAAGAAUAAUCUUAUAAUCCAGAUCACUGAAGUACAGCAUGCAAUUGACCAACUGAAAAGAAAACUGGACACUGACAAAAUGAAACUUAUGAUAGAAAUUAAGAUGAGGAAACUGAGACAGAGUGAAGUGACUUGCCCAGGGCCACACAGCUAAUAAGUAUCUGAGGCCAAAUUUGAACUCAGGUCUUCCAGAUUCCAGACCUAGUGCUCUACCCAUGGCUCUGUCCAGCCGCCCCCAAGCAUGAGGGUACAUUUGUGUAUACUUGAUGCUAUCCAAAACGAGUACAAUUCUGACUUAUAAAUGCACCAGGAUAUAAAUGGACUAUAGGAAAAAAAAAACAAAUAUUUUUUUUUUUUAAGAUUUUCUCUAAAUUGGACCUGACCAUGGAUUCUUCCUUGUAAUCAGUACUCAAUGACAUGGUCAGAUCCAUUCUAUGUCAACCACAGUGACCAGUGAGAUUGCCCAGUGAAGAUAAAUAUUUUAACCAUAAGUAUUUGGCCUGAAGUUGACUGUAAUAUUAUGAAAUGCAAUAUGAAUGGAAGAGGGCAUUGGCUCCAAAGUAAAAAAGUCUGCAUUCAAGUCUAGGCUGAUCUUUACUCACAGGACAACCAAAUACAAUAAUUAAUAAUAAUGACAAUCACAUAAUGUUACAAAGCUUGCAAAAUGAUAUUUUCAUGAGAGUCUUACAAUCAUCCUGUGAACAAGGCAAUACUUGCAUUAUCUCCAUUUUACAGAUGAAGAAACUGAUAUUCAGAAUUCCCAUGGCUUGCACAUGGUCACAUAGAUAGUAUGGACACUUUCAAACGAGUCCAACACUAUUGAUAACACUGCUUCACUUAAGGACGAGUCCUGUCACCGUGGGCAUCAGUUUCUUCAUCUUUAAAAUAGGAAUAAUACUUCUACUCUCUAGACUCAUAGCAAAGCAUUUUGGAAACCUCAAAGUGUAAAUAAUUGUGAGCCACUGGCCAAAAUGAAGAAAUUUCUUUAUAAAGCAAGACCCUUAUAUCAACUACAUAAAUAAAAAUAUUGUUAUCUAA